AACUUCCCAAAAUGAGCUUAGAACAAAGAGUCCGGAGACUAAACAGAGGUCUCGCCCGAAGAAGAGAAAGUCAUGAUGCAGCCAAGGAAGGAGUAAACUUCCGGGUUGGAGGCGGAUGGACUAGGGCAGAAAGCAAAAGUAAUAGGAAGGAUAAACUUAAAUAAACUAAAUUUUAACAGAUUCGUUAAGACAAAGAAUAAGAGAGAAGAGUCAAAUAACCUUAAAGAGAUCAGAGGAAGGAUUGUCGAGAAGGGAUUACCACCUUUGAGGAACAGAAAUAUAGUCAAAUCUUACGAUUAUGAGAACGACUACCAAGAGAGGAAUGCUGAAGUCACAAGUAGCGAAUUACCCUGGCACCAUCCUAGCAGAUCUUUUAGGGCAAAUAAAGUAGUAAAUUUAGUCGAGGGACCUAUGAUGCAACUACUGGCUUGUUCUUCAACAGGCUCUGGACUUAUCAAUGAUCAAAAGAAUGAACUGCCACGAGGAGCUCUCAAUAGGAACUUUACGACUAGGAACUCGAGCUGAGUGGACCCUGACGAUAAGGACAAGAUUUACAUUAAAAGGCAUUUACUCAAGACCAGAGGUGUAACUGCAAUCACUAAGUCUAUCAAUGCUGAUACCUCUGAAGCGUUCAAGAGGAUCAGACAGAUACAAAAGAAAAAGUCACAAAAAGAUACCAAAAAGUUAGAAAAAAUUGAUCUUAGCAAAAUGAUUCAGAAGACUAAUAAAGAAUUUAAUAUUGCUCUUUAUGACCUUCGCAAAGCAAUGCAUGAUAUGAAACCGAAAUUGUUGCUGCUAGAUACUCCGACUGAGUUUGAAGUUAUUGAUGCGAUUCCAACCUUGUUUAAAGUCCCUCUUGAAGAAGUGAGGACACCUGUCAGGAUUCUCAUCACUUAUCUCAGUAAUGUUAGAGAUCUAAUUGUUUACUAUUCAUGGAAGAAUCCUGACCCUGAUCAAGCAAAUCAUGAUGGAGCUUAUAGAAAUCCAACAAAAAUUUCCCUCAGGAAUCGCAACAAUAACACAUUUUCAAGGGAAUGUAAAGCUUAUUUUUCUUUGCAUUCUCACAAUGGAAAUUACGUUAAAAUCAUUGCCAAAUCAGGAAAAGAGAGGAAUGGAAACUCCCUAAAUCUUGUCAAAGAGAACAAAGAAUAUGUUGCUAUUAGUCAAAAAUCGAUUUUGGACAGUAAACUAGCCGAUUCCAUGAUCACUACAAUCCAAGAAAUGAAAUCUUCAAACGAAGCAUACAUUCCUGAGACCAAUAUGGAGCCUAAACUCAACAAUCUCGCCAACGAUCCUCUCCACUUCCAAGCUUUCAGCAUGGUUGUUGACAAGGUUAAGGAAAAAAUGAAAAAGCGAAAUUUAAAUAAACAAGGCGACAAUUUCCUCAAAAAGAACAUUGCCUUAAUAAAACGUUGGCAUGAAUACAACUACGAAAAGCGCCAGAAGGCCGAAUUCACCAACCUAAACAUCGAAAAUGCCCAACGGAAAUAAAGAGUUGAUCCUGAAGUACAAGAGGGAGAGGAAGGGCAUUAUGGAUCAGGAGAAGCUUAAAGUGAAGGAAUAUGAAAGACAGCAGAAGAAGUUACAGAAUUUAGUGCAUUCUUGGGCCCUUCUGCUCGCACAGAGUAAGAUGGUAUCAGCAGUUAAUGGCUUAUUUCAAAGCAAACUUUAUAUGCAACAUCUUCAGGAGCAGAAAGAGUUUAUCAGUCUAAGGGUUAAUUUUGUUCAUCAUGUGUAUCUUAAAAAGCGAGGCGAGAGCCUCGCCGUUAGAAUACAUAGAGAGAUGAAUCGCUCUCUAACAUUUAGUAAUGUCUUGGUGAGGAUGAAAGCAGCUACAGCUGCUAAAACUCUGAAAACUUUCUUGGAGAAUAAAAUAACUAUUCGAACCUUUAACUCCAAAGUGAUGAUGACUCAUAUGAGACUAACCAGACUAGCAGAGUUCUGAAGGAAGAAUUAUAUCGAAAAUGAGAGGAAAAGAGAUAAACUUGAUUUCAUCUGGAAAAUCGCUCAAGGAAAUCUUAUCAGCAAAUUUAGUGCAGAUAAAUCUCCAGAAUCUCGAAUGAAGGAAAAGAAGCUGAUUGAAUUUGAUCCUGAUCUUUAAAAAGCAG